AUGCCAAUCUGGGGUCUCUCGACCGAGUCUGAUUUCGCCUCGCCGCCUCCCGAUGGUGGUAAGGCUGGAGAGCCAAAGCGGCGGAGAUGGCGGGGGAGGGCGGGGGAUCGAGGAAAGCACGACUCGCACCGACCCUUCACGAACCGAAAGGCUGCACCCGGGGUAGGAGCUCCAGAGGUCAUUGGCGCGGGCUGCGGCCGCACAGGCACGACCUCGCUCAGCAUGGCCCUCGAGCGGCUUGGGUUUGGACCGUGCCACAGCAUGGCUGCGGUGGCGAAGAUGGUACGCGAGCGGCCGUGGGCUCGCGCGCUGGAGGAGCCGGAGCGGGCUAAUACAGAUUUUCAUCGUUAA